GUGCCAUUCACCCAAGGAAAACAAGCAAUCUAGCUAGACCCUUGCAAUGGCGGCGUCCUACAUCACCACCUGGCGUUGCGCAUUACUCGCCCUACUAGCCCUUUUCGUCUCCGGCGCCUACGGGCAGCUCAGCCCGACGUUCUACGCGUUGACCUGCCCGAACCUGGAGGCCAUUGUCCGCAGCGUCAUGAACACUACCGUCACCAACGAGAACCGGAUGGGCGCCUCCCUGCUCAGGCUCCACUUCCACGACUGCUUCGUCGAGGGGUGCGACGGAUCGGUCCUCCUGGACAACGUGCCUGCUACGGCGACUACUCCGGCGAUCGGCGAGAAGAACGCCUUCGGGAACAUCAACUCCCUCCGCGGCUUCGAGGUCAUCGACACGAUCAAGGCCGCAGUGGAGCAAGCCUGCCCUGGCGUCGUCUCCUGCGCCGACAUCCUCACCCUCGCCGCACGGGACGGCACCUUUCUGCUCGGCGGGCCAACCUGGACGGUCCCGCUCGGCCGGCGCGACUCGACGACGGCGAGCAUGGACCUGGCGAACAGGGACCUCCCGCCGCCGUUCGCCAACCUCGUCACUAAUCCUCCUGACGGCAGCGACCUCAUCGCGAGGUUCCAAAGGAAGGGCUUGAGCGCGACCGAGAUGACUGUGCUCUCCGGCGCGCACACCAUCGGCUCCGCGCAGUGCCAGAACUACCGGCUCCGCCUCUACAACGAAAACCGCAUCGACUUUCAGUUCGCCCAGGGGCUCAAGGCCAACUGCCCCCAAAAUGGCCCCGCCGGGGACACCUUCCUCGCGCCGUUGGACUCGACGGGGUCCGUCUUCGACAAUAAGUACUACGCGGACCUCACCGGGUUGCGCGGCCUCCUCCACUCCGACCAGGUGCUGUACCCCCAGAACAACCAGACACAGGCUAAGAUAGUGCUCAAGUACAAAGGAGACAACGCCGCCUUCUUUGCCGAUUUCGCAGCCGCGAUGAUAAAGAUGGGGAACCUCAGCCCGCUCACCGGAAGCGCCGGCCAAAUCAGGACCAACUGUAGGUUGGUCAACCCCUGAUCAUACGGUCUGGUAUACCACUGUCAAUUACCCCGUAACUAAAGAUAAAUAAAUGCAACAUCUGUAAUAAUCUUUCACCUUUCUAAUAACCACAUACUCCGUACUAUGUUAUGCUACUUACGUCUGAUGAUGCCCUGUUAGUGUUGACUACAUACUGGCUUACUGCUUAAACUAUUAAUCAUUCCGCCGAUUGAUUAUUGCGGUCCAAUAUCAUUUAGUAGUACUAUGUUUGUAAACAAUAUUAUUAUCAAUGACAACAGGAGGGUGCUCGUGCCAUUGUUUGCAUCAUUUGUCGUAUCUUUUAUUAACUGUUUCUUG